CGACUCACUCAAGACUAAUGAGUACACACACAACAAAGUCCCCCUUGCUCGCAUGAGUGAGUGAAUGUGUGUGGUAUCCAUCAAGGAGCGUUGAGAUGAGCGCAUACACAAAAGGGCUGGCUCAUCUCUGACAAACAUGAAUACAUCAGUGCGCACCGACGUGACGUCUGUGUAAAAACGGCAUGGAUUCUGCAUCACGGGCAGCUAGCUGGAUGCACACUCUACGCUUGGCCUCCUGGCCAUCCUCCAUCCGUGCGCCACCGGCCCACCUCGGUCAACCUGGCACACAAGGGAUCACAUCGCCAGACCGCCGCACACAAAUGAAGGCACGAAAGAAUGUCAUGAUGAUUUUGUUCCUCUCCUCCGCCCCGCUCACCCUCUUUCUCCUGCUGCUGCUGCUGCUGCUGGCGGUCACCACCGCCAUCCCCGCCGAUGUCGUCCAACUCAUCCUCCGACUCGCCAUCCAUAUCUGCACACACUCCCAAACAUACAAAAGAGCCCAACAGCACAUACACAUCUCCCCCACCCACCCUCACCGUCAUCGUCGUCAUCGUCAUCAUCCUCGUCCUCUGCACACCACCACACACAGCACACAGCACACAGCACACCGAUUAUCCGACCUGUCCGGACUGCCAGCUGCAUGUACACUGACCCUCAUCGUCUCCCUGGUCUUGUUUCUGGUAGAUGGCCAUAUCUGCGAUGGUGUUGCCCAGCAGGCCGCCCACGAGAGGGGCGGUAGUGGGCCGGCGGUCCUUGAAGGCAUCCGAUGCAUCACCCACUGGCGGCUCGGUGGUGACGACCCGAACACACACUGCACUCAGCGAAACAGCGCAACGCGUCAAAGGGUGGGUGGCAUUAUCAAUCAUACCAUCCCUUCCAUCCCUUCCUUGCCUGUGUUGGUUUCGCUGGGGAUGAUGAGAUCGAUCCAUGCGACGAACGGGCGGUCGAAUGGCGUCAGCAGCAGAGUCCGGCACUCUGCAGGGGGAACCAUAUCGUCGAACCUGUGCGCCAUGACGGCGCUGCAGCCGUUGGGCGGCUGGUGCGGCAAGUGGUUCAUGAGGCCGUGCAGCACACCGCCGUGGGCAUGUCUGAAGAGGCCAACACAGAACAGAGGAAGAGGCCGUGAUAAAUGGAUGUGCGUGUCUGCGUCUGAGUGUGGUGUGGUGUGGUGUGGUGUGUCCUGCGUACCUGUCGACCAGAACCACAGGAGCAUGGCCCCAAUUUGCUGGCCACAUGAUGACCCUCAUGAUGAAGGCCGACACUGAGGCAUCAGUGGUCACCUCAGCACCUGCCGUCCAGCUGUCCCCCUGUGGGUCGAUCGAGGAUCUGACGGGCGGGUUGCCGUCGAUGAUGUGUGGGUGGUAUGGGUGAGCAGGGGGGAGGGGGGGAUUGAUGUCCAGCUCGAAGCCAGGCGCGUCACGCAGGGCGCGCACACCGCCGCCCGGCUGGUCGAAAAGCUCAAAACGGCCGUAGUUGCCGCCGAACUCGACGUGUCUGCCGACCAUCUUCCACAACGCAACCACACGCACAUCGGCCAAAUACGCCUGCACGGACACAGACAAACACAUGAGUGCCAACUAUCCCACCCUGAUUACGGCCACCUGUUGGCUAUCGUGCCUCUGCAGGUCACAUGCGACCGGGAGCUGACAGUAGCCGUACUGCGCUGCCAGCUUCAGCGCAUCGGCCACCUCUGUCCACUGCUGUGUGUCCAUCAGCCAGAUGGCCUUGAGCAGCAGAGGGCGGUCGAGCUGCGCGUCGAAUGUGAUGAUGGUGUGCAAUCCCUUGGCCGACAGGCAGCGAUUGAGUCGGUUGCGCAGGACAGACACGUGGGGAGAAGUCGACGGACCAGAGGAAGUGCGCCGUGGCUCUGAGGCUGCCGACCUCCGACAGGCUGCACACAGGCAAAGCACAACACACACACACACACAACUGCCUCUCCCCUUCCCUCAUCCGUUCGUGUGUCCUGUGCGUACGUGUGCAGGGCAUCUCUGUGGGCUUUGUGGAGGAAAUCGAGUGUAUGGCCAUCGAUGACGGCACCAUGGCCGUCCGCAGUGUGGUUAUUGCCCAUCUUGCAGUCUACGAGGACGGAUGACCAGGUCCUUAAGUGCACGUCACCUACCUUCGCGCGACCGCUGGUUGCUCUUGGGAGGGCUUCGAUGUCUA